GAGAAAAUAAAACCCCAGCCCUCAGCAGACAAAAAAAAAAACUCGGCCCUCAUUUCUUUCUACCACCGUUCAACCGUUCAACACCGCCCUUUACCACCGUCAAAAUCAACCGCAACCUAACAGAAACAAGUAGAAGUUACAGUUUGUUGCACACUGCAAUGUGGUCAGUUCUACGAGCUCGGGUCUGUUCCUCGCGUUACGCAUCAAAUCCACAGCCCCUUCUUCAACCAUGGAAGCUAGGUUUUUCCUCUCUAUCCACUACCGUUGAAAUUGACAGUGGUGUUAGUAAACGCUUCCUAGAUCUGCAAGAGAUCGAGAAGAUUCUGACGGACGUUCAAGCCGACAACGUGAAGAUAAUUCCAGUUCCCAAACACAGCGAGUGGGCGGAUUUCAUGGUUCUCGCCACUGGUAAAUCGCCAUGGCACGUCAGGAAUAUCGCUCAAGCCCUAAUUUAUAAGGCUAAGCAGAAGCAGAUAGGUGCUCAGCAAAUGAUGCUGCCUAGUGUGCAAGGGCAAGAGGAUGGAAAAUGGAUUGUUAUUGACUCUGGUAAAGUGAUAGUUCACGCACUUGAUGAAAAUGCUAGAGCUUACUACAAUUUGGAGGGUCUUUGGACCCGUGGGACAUUGCAAAAUGAACCUGUUGAGGAUUUACAAAAAGUUUUGGUGAAGGUCCGACGGAAAAACAAUUCCAAGAAACCUGCUCAAAAGAAUGUGUAAUUGGUAUUUAGAUGUAAGAGGGCUGCAAACAAUAACCUUUAACUAUAGUUUCUCCCUGGGCAUCAGAUUUAAACAAUAAGUAAUUUGUAAAAUAUAAAUUCCGUUUAAUUGUAUACAAUUUUGCCCGCUUGGCCUGAUUGCUGCAAUGAUAAAUUUAAGAGGAUUUAAAGCUGAA